UAUAACUUAGAGAGGAAGAAGGAAAGCAGGAGGGGGAGAGAAGAGAGAAUAAAUAAUGUUAAAAAAGAGGGAAGGAGAAAUGCAGAGAGUUCAUAAGAGGAGAGAUUUGAUCGGCUUAUGAUGUUCAGACUAAGUCUCUUUCUCCUUCUGCUGCCCUGCUCCUCAUAUUCCAUCCUAUUGGGAUGGGUGGAGUCUCCUGGGUAUCCAAUGGGCUAUUUGCCUCAUGCCAGUUUAAACUGGAGCAGGUGUGCCCCCAAAGGUCAAACCAUUUCCAUCAGACUGAUCCACCUGGACUUGGAGAACAGCCAAGACUGUGAAAACGAUGCUGUGAAGAUCUUUUCAAACGGGAACCUGAUAGAUGUUUUGUGCGGGAAGAAGGAAUAUGAGGAGCUUCAGGAGAUGGUGAAUCCAUUGUUGUUCUCUUCCCCCGGUGGCUGCCUCACACUUUUGUUUCACUCAGACUAUUCCAAUACCAAGAGACACACCGGCUUCAGAGGAUUUUAUACGCUUCAAGACUUCAACGAGUGUGAAGACCAAAACAACGAAUGUACUCAUUUCUGUCACAAUUUCAUCGGAGGAUGCCACUGUUCCUGUCGCCAUGGUUACUACCUCGCCGAGGACAAUCACACUUGUACGGUGAGCUGUAAUGAGGAUCUGUCUGGCUUGAAAAGAGGUGAAAUAUCCAGCCCUUCCUGGCCUGGGACUUAUGCUGAAAAUGCCAACUGUAAAUACAGCCUCUCUGUGGAGGAGCAUCUUCAGCUGGAGCUGCACUUCUCUGAGGAUUUCGAUGUGGAGCAAAGUUCUGAUGGUCCUUGUAUAGAUGAACUAAAAAUUGAAACCUACUCUGAGACCCUGGGUCCAUUCUGUGGUAACAAACCUCCCCCAUCUCCUCUUCUCACUCAUUCGAGCCAGAUCCAAAUCGAUUUCACCUCUGAUGGGUUUGGGACAAACAAGGGCUUUAAGUUAAACUUCAAGACCAGAGAUAAGGUCUGUCGAUCAGUCGUGACCUCAAACUCCAACGUGACUCCUCUGAAGGAAGAGUAUCACCGGGGCGAAUCGGUGACUGUUAAAUGUCUACUUGGCUAUGCUGUAAAUUCAGAGGAAAUUGAGGGUAUGUUAACAGAGUAUGAGACCACCUGCCAGAGCACAGGUGUAUGGAUGCCAAGCUACCCCUGUGAAAUUGUAGAUUGUGGUUUACCGGAUAUUAAAGACCACAGCCUUCUUCAGGUGGUGAAUCCAGACGACAAGGACACCAAGUAUAAUAGCCAGAUCACCUUUCACUGCAGCUCACAAUACUACACACUGGAAGGAGAUGAUACGUACACUUGUAAUGCCAAUGGUGAGUGGGUAUCAGUGGACGGCGGGGCAGAGUUACCAAAAUGCAAAGAAGUGUGUGGGAUGCCUCAAAAAGAAUUGUUAAAUGCAGGAAGAAUACUGGGAGGAAAUAAUGCAAAACUAGGAGAAAUACCUUGGCAGCUUUUGAUAAAAUAUCCAACUAGAGGAGGAGCAUCACUGAUAAAUGAUCAGUGGGCCGUCACGGCUGCACAUGUUGUGGAAGGGCAACAUAAAGAUGCUUUUGUAAUCUAUGGUGGACUGGUAAAUGCAAGAAAUUCUGAUAUAUUGCCUCGCAUUCCAAUCGAUAAAAUUAUCCUGCAUCCUGGCUAUAGUACAAUUUCUUCAUCUACAACACCAAAAAAUUAUGAUAAUGAUAUUGCUCUGAUAAAAUUCUCAUCCAAAGUGAAUCUUGGCCCAAACCUUCUUCCCAUUUGCCUCCCAGAGGUAAACAGGGGCGUGAAUGAAAAUGAACAAGGCACAGUGUCUGGAUGGGGGGCUACAAUAAGAGGAGGUAGAAACAGGACCAUAUCUCCACACUUACAGUAUGUCAGCAUUCCUGUUAACUCUCUCACUGAGUGUAUGGAUACACCUCUUUCAAACUCUAACGAAGCUAUGACCUUUACCAAUAAUAUGUUCUGUGCAGGAGAAAAAGGGAAGGACAGCUGCCAUGGAGACAGUGGAGGUCCAUUUAUUGUACCCAUGCUGUCUUCAGGGGGGCCAUAUUAUCUGAUUGGCAUUGUGUCCUGGGGAGAAAACUGUCUGGGAGGUGAUAUAAAGGGAAAAAAAAAAGGUUAUUACACCAAGGUGGAGAAUUAUGUAAACUGGAUUAAAACAACAAUCCAGGACAACUGGUUUCAACAUGUUCUGGUCUGUGAGUGUGUCCCGCUGCCAGACUCAGAACCCCCGAUGCAUGGAGCAGUCCAGUCCCCCCAGUAUCCACAGCCCUAUCCCCCCAACCUCCAGAAGCAGUGGGACCUUAGUGUGCCAGAGGGCUUCCAGAUCAGCCUGACCUUCACACACCUGGACAUCGAGGCCUCUACAGGCUGCUACUACGAUUCAAUUACUGUUCUAUAUGAUGAAAAGCUGCUCAGAAAGUUCUGUGGCAACGAGAACUCUGCUGAUGGAAAUCACCCCGGUUACCAGCCCAUUUUAUCUCCAGGAAACAGACUCACUCUGAUAUUCCAGUCAGAUGAGUACAAUCCGGAUCUUCACCAGAAUGUGGGAUUCUCCGCUAAAUACCAAGCAAUAGACAUAGAUGAAUGCUCUGCACCAGAACCUUUGGAUGGAUCGGGUCCGCUCUGCUCUCAGAUCUGCCUCAACACACUGGGAUCCUAUCUGUGUGCCUGUCACCAUGGCUACGAGCUGCGUUCAGACCAGCGUACCUGCGCCUUAUCCUGUAGCAGCGGAGUAUUUAAUGAAGUAGAAGGGCACCUGUUUAGUCCAGGUUACCCGAACCCCUCGCCACAUGCUUUGUCUUGUCAGUACAUUAUAUCAGUGGAGCCUGGCUUCUCUGUCUCUCUUAACUUCUCGGAUAAGUUUCACAUUGAGAGUGUGGACACGGAGGAAGGCCCAAACUGUCUCCAUCACUGGCUGGAGGUGAGCAUCCCUAACAGAGAGUCUAUGAGGCUGUGUGGGGGGAAAAGCCCAGGACUGAUUAACACAAACUCCAACACUGUCACGCUGAACUACCACAUUGAUGAUCAGGGCCGAAGCAAUGGAUGGAGCCUGGACUACAGCACAUCCAGAGUAAAGUGUCCAGUUCCUGGUAAAGUAGCUCGAGGAAAGGUCACUCCUUCCUUAACUGAAUACUUCUACAGAGAUCCCAUCUAUGUGCGCUGUGAACAAGGAUACAAACUAAUGGCGAAUGGUCAGGAGAUAGAGAGCUUCUCUGCUGUGUGCCAAAGUAGCGGAGAUUGGCACCUCCCACUGCCAGAAUGCCACAUUAUUGAUUGUGGAGAACCUGAGCGUCUGUUAAAUGGGGGAGUAACUUUCCUGUCUGGCUUCCAGAAUCAGUAUCUGUCUAAAGUUCAGUAUCACUGCAAUGAACCAUUUUAUUCUCCAUUUGGUGGCAGUAAUGUUACACUCAUCUGUGAGGCAGAUCGACAGUGGAGGUCCAACCAAGAGGUUAUUUUAAAACCAGUAUGCCUACCAGUUUGUGGUCGACCAACAAAGCACUUUAAUAACUAUCAGAGAAUCAUUGGAGGAGCGGAUGCUCCAGAGGACACUAUUCCCUGGCAAGCUCUAAUACGUGUAGGAUCAGGCAAGGGAGGGGGUAUGAUCAUAGCUGAUCGCUGGAUUUUGACUGCAGCUCAUGUGGUUGUUACUGAUGGGAAAGUAGCAACACCUGAGUCUGUAAAAAUUUACCUUGGACAUACUGAUGUUGUCUGGAUUCAAGAAACACCUUCACUAAAUGUGACUGCAAUCCAUGUUCAUCCUGAAUACCAUAACCCAGGAUUAAACUUUGACAAUGAUAUUGCACUGAUACAGGUGCAAGAACCAGUCACCUUCAAAGCAUCAAUAAUGCCUCUGUGUUUGCCAGCAAAAGAUGAUGAAUAUGAGGAUACAAUAAUGGGGAUGGUUUCUGGGUUUGGGCUUACAUCAAAAGGUAAUAAGACGUAUCAAACACAAAAGCUGAAGUACGUGCAUAUUCCAGUGAUGCCUCAGGAGGAAUGCAGAGAUUCUUUGAAGAGACAGUCCAAUGCACCAAUACUGACAGACAACAUGUUCUGUGCUGGAGCUCCUGAAGGUGGGAAAGACUCUUGCCACGGUGACAGUGGGGGUGCCUUCACUCUACAAUCUGCAGAUGGUCGAUUUUGGGCUGCAGGGAUUGUCAGCUGGGGGCUUACCGGUAGAUGUGGAAAGAAAGGAAAUUAUGGAUUUUAUACCAAAGUAGCAAACUAUGUAGACUGGAUUAACAAGAUCAUGCAGGAGAACUAAAAAAAAAAAAGCAAUUACAGUUGAAGCUAUUUGUAAGAUAUAA